CUUCCAACCUGAUCAGGCCGUCGUCGGGUGUCGAACUGAGAAGAGUCACCUUCCUCGUUCCUUCACUUUUCACAACUUCCUAUUAGCUUUCUUCGAGGCGCUUGAGCCAUUGACUCGUCUCAUUCCCUGUCUCGCUCACUCUCACAAAAGUACGCUUCAGGGGUGGCGCUUUGCCAAGCACCCUUCCUUGAAGCCGCGACCGCGCUGAGCUGUCCCCUCCAUCUCUCUGUCUUGCGCUCUCUCCGUCCUCGUCUGGAGAGCCAUUUGCCCUUACGUACCUCUGUUGAGAUGCUAAACCACGUUUUCCAGUAUGACAGAAAUAAAAAUGCAGUUGGAAGACUGGCUGGAUGACUUAUGCGUCCGCUUCAUUAUCAAUUUACCACGGGAGGAACUUGAAUCCGUCGAACGGAUAUGUUUCCAAGUCGAAGAAGCACAAUGGUUCUACGAGGACUUCAUUCGGCCGCUUGAUCCGGCUCUUCCGUCGCUAUCGCUGAAAGCGUUCGCGUUGCGCAUCUUUCAACACUGUCCUUUGAUGUCGCAAUGGUCGCACUAUCACCAUAUCACUGCCUUCUCCGAGUUCCUGGCUUACAAGACUCGUGUACCCGUUCGCGGAGCCAUUAUGCUGAACCAGGAUAUGGACGAAGUAGUCCUGGUCAAAGGCUGGAAGAAGGGUGCUAACUGGAGUUUCCCACGUGGCAAGAUCAAUAAGGGUGAGAAGGACAUUGACUGCGCUAUUCGUGAAGUCUACGAGGAGACUGGCUAUGACAUACGCGAGGCCGGACUCGUUCCGGAUGAGAAGGACGCCAAGUUCAUUGAGAUCACCAUGAGAGAACAGCACAUGAGGCUGUACGUAUUCCGCGGUGUGCCACAGGAUGCCCAUUUCGAACCUCGAACCCGCAAAGAGAUCAGUAAGAUCGAAUGGUACAAACUAUCGGAAUUGCCGACACUCAAGAAGAGCAAACAGCAAGAGCAAGGACUCGUGGUAGCUAAUGCAAACAAGUUCUACAUGGUCGCGCCUUUCAUGCACCCGUUGAAGAAAUGGAUUGCCCAGCAGAAGAAAAUGGAUGUCAAAUUGCACCCAGGCGCCAGGUAUCUCGUGCAGACUGAGGGAGAAUUGUCAAUGGAUGAGACAUCCCAGGCUGUGAAUGGCUUUACGCCUAGUCACCUUCCCGCGCAGUUGGCCACUCCGAGCGAUUUGCCAGAAGUCGCAUCUUCAGAAGACGUUUCAUCUCAUCUCAAACGUCUAUUGAACAUCAACAGCGUCGUUCCCAUCCAGGAUGAUCCUGCGAAUGCGACUGCUUCUCAGGACCCAAGAACCGUCACCUCGAAGUCCAAUGCCUUACUAGAACUCCUUAGAAGUGGUUCGUCGCAAGAUGGUCUUCCACAAGUGCCUCAACCUGACAGGACUCUGCCGCCACUUGCCAUUCCAGAUAGUCUGCCAUCAAUGGGACCACCUUAUCCUGAUACAGCCACUUUCCCAGGGUUCCCUCAGCAAGCUCAGCAUUCGCGAGGCCCUUUGCCGGUUAGUGCUACGCAAUUCCCGCAGCCUUCAGUACCUCGUCCGUCGGCUUCAAAUAUCGGUCCACCCCCGCUUGCUCAACCCCCGCCCCCUCACUUGAGUCAGGCAGGCGCUCCACAUGGUUAUCACGGAAUGCCGCCGUUCUUUGAGCAUAUACCCAUGCAAGCAAGAAUGUCCACGGCACCACCGAGUCAAAUUCCUGGUCCGGCCCCAUACCAACAAACAGGAGAUCCGCAAUUCUCUCAUUCGGCACAGGCGCCAAAUAUGCAAGGCGCGACCGUGCCUCCUGCAAGCAAGCUGCCGCCGCCGAAGCUUACGAGUCAUUCCCUUGCUUUGUUGAACGUGUUCAAAGAUGACUCCAGCAAGACACCGAAAACAUCCAAUGCAAGUCUAGUCCCGCUGUCGGACAAGGUCCAGCCCCAUGACAGGCGGCCAUCACAACACCAAGACCAGCUUCUAAGCUUGCUGAGAGGGUCUGUUGCCCCUUCAAACACCGGACCAGCAGAAUUGCCAGGCCAAUCGGUGUCUCCGCCUAGGAAGCAAAUUCUUCAGCGACCUCGCGGGGAGCACAGCCCCGCUCGGCAGCCCGCAGCCCAUCGAAGAGUACCUUCGUCCUCAAAGGACCCCAGGCAGUCUUCAGCAGUACCCAGUCCUUUGUCAGGCGUGCCUCAACCUAUGACGUCUUCUAAACCCUCCCCUAAAAGAGGAAUGAACGGAUCUACCCGCAGGGUCAAGAAGUCUGAUCAGGUACAGACUCUCGCUUCUCCCAUUACAAUUUUGCCCAGGCCUCAAUCUGCCAAGAAGGAACCGAACCCACUGCCGACGUCUUCGCAGUCCUCACGCACUCCUUCUCGGAAUCGCGCUGUGAAGUCCGGCACCCCGGAGCCAGCCAAGCCAUUCCAGCCUCAGAUUCUGCGUCGCUCCGAUAACGCCAACAUCGUGGACCUGCUGCCCCUGAAGACUCAGGCGAACGAGCAAGAGCAGCAGCAAGCGGGUGAUCAACUGGGCAAUCCCGGGCGGGAUUCGCAGCCUCAAGUGAGCUUUGAUCGCCGGCCAAGCCAAACACCUGCACAAAGGGAAGCAUUGCUGUCACUCUUUGGGAAAGCACCUGCCUCACCAGGAGUUUCUCCCGCCGAGCUUAGCACAUCGGCACCAAAGGCCUCGGGUGCCUCAGGUGUCGUUAGCCCACUCACGCCGCUGAAUAUUGCUGCCGCCUCGCCUUUCGGUAGUGGAGUGGAGGACGGUCAACUUUCUCUCUCUAGUAAAGUUGCUCCGCCAGACAACAAGGCGUUUCUACUUGGUUUUCUGGAAGGUGUUGCCAAAGGCAACAAAUAAUAUCACGAAGCUUAUUGGACCUGGGGCUUGUCAGGGUCUAUUAGAUAGCUUUGUAGGACUGUGCAACUACGGUCCACGCCACCAUUUUGAGUAACUCUUCCUGUCGAAUAUUGAUCUUUUCCUCUCAUCUACAUGUACCCUCCCAACCUUAAAUGACACCAUAACUCGCGUAUGCAAGGCCAAAACUUGCGUUUUUCUAGCGGGAUUAUGUCAUGGCUAUAUGCUAUUCUGCCAC